CACGGCUCCAGUCCUAUUCGUUCGCGGCGCUUGUCCAGAAGUCCGGUCCGGUCCGGUGGUGGUGCGGCUUUGCCUUUGAGAGAAAAUCUAGUUGACCGAGUGUGGUGGAGAGUCUGCUAUUGAACUGCCGCUGCCCGCAACUAAUUAUCGCUAUUAAUUGGCACCACUCGCCCGUCAUACGUAACGACGAUCAGCAUUAGGAAAGUGCAAAGUGUGCGCUAUUGCAUCAAAACAUAGUAUCUACGUAAAACGCCGCCGCAAAGGGACCCACUUGUGUGAAAAAGUGAAAGUUUAUUCUACGUGAAGCUGACUGGAGUGUAUUACAGCUGUUCUUAUCAUUAUACUUGUGAGCUCAGAUCUAGAGAAGAUCACACCAUCGCCAUCGCAUCAUCGAGAUGAAGUCGUUUUUGGUUGCUGUCCUGGCUCUGAGCUGUGCGUUCCUGUACGCCGAAGCGACGGAGGUGAAGGCGUGUCCUUCUACCAAAUCCAUGGUUCCAAUCAGCGAGAACACAAUCGACAUCAGCAACUGCGUCAAGGGUCCGUGUAAGCUGAAGCGCAAGACCAACGUGUCCAUCAACCAGAAAUUCACGCCAACCGAGGACAUCAAAUCGCUCACGACGACCGUGUUCGCCCAGGUGCUCUCGUUGCCGCUGCCCUUCAUCGGCGUAGACGGUACCAGUGCGUGCGACUACAUCUUCGCCGAGGACGGCGAAACCAAGCUGGGCUGUCCGCUGAAAGCCGGCGUACCGGUGGUGUACAAACGAUCGUUCCCGGUGCUGGAGAUCUACCCCAAGAUGAGCCUAACCGUGCACUGGGAGCUGCAGGGCCGAGGAUCCAAGUCCGUGACCUGCUUCGAAGUGCCGGCCAAGAUUGUCUAAGGCGGGAUUUUGGGGAACGACCCCGGCCCCGGGGUGAUGAUUGUUGUGUUGAACAUGUUUUUUGGGUACAAUUGAAUACUGUGACAAAUGUGACAAGUGAUGCCGUAUUAUAAAUCUGACGUAAGUGUAAA